UCCAACUCAAAUUAGGAGUUGGAAGCAAAUUCUAACAAGGAUUACCAGUCCUUCUCUACCUCUACUGCUCUACACCAACACCAACUAUUCUUAUAUAUAGGGGAGUAGCACGAACAAGUAGAAGAAGAGGAAGAGAGAAUAGUGAGUAUGGAGAGCAAAGAUAUGUUUGGGAAGGUGGGAUCCAUGGUGGGUAGUGCAUUGUUCGUGUGGGCUAUAUUUCAGCACUACUUCCCUCAGUGCCUUGCUGAUUUCAUUGGGAGAUACUAUCGGAAACUGGUGAAUUUCUUCAAUCCUUACAUUGAAAUCACUUUCAAUGAGUUCACCGGCCAGCGGGGAAUGCGAAGCGAAGCGUACAAGGACAUCCAGAAUUAUCUUGGCUACAACUCCACCAGGCAAGCCUCCAGGCUCAAAGGUAGUUUGGUUAAGAACGGCAGGUCUCUGGUUCUGGGCAUUGAUGAUUAUGAGGAGGUGGUAGAUGUGUUUGAGGGAGUCCAGGUAUGGUGGAUUUCUGGAAAACAAAACACCAACAGAAGGGCAAUUUCAAUAUACCCGGUUCGAGGACAGAGUGAUGAUAAGAGGUAUUAUACUCUCCUUUUCCAUAAGCGUCACUGGGAUCUCAUCUCUGGGCCUUACCUGAAUUACGUGCUAAAAGAGGGUAAAGCCCUCAAGGAUAGAAACCGGCAGAAGAAGAUUUAUACCAAUCAGGAGGGCGACUGGCACUGGGUAGGGUUUGAGCACCCAGCCACAUUCCAGACAAUGGCGCUGGAGCCCGAGAAAAAGAAGGAAAUUAUGGAGGAUCUCAUAGCAUUCAGUGAGAAUCAAGAGUAUUAUAGGAGAAUUGGGAGAGCUUGGAAGCGCGGGUAUCUCCUUUAUGGCCCUCCAGGGACUGGUAAAUCUACCAUGAUUGCUGCCAUUGCUAAUCUCUUGAAUUAUGAUGUUUACGAUUUAGAACUUACUGGGGUGGAGAACAACACUGACUUGAAGAUGCUGUUGAUGGAGAUAUCAAGCAAGGCUGUCAUUGUGAUUGAAGACAUUGAUUGUUCACUUGAUCUGACUGGUCAAAGGAAGAAAGCAGAAACAGAUGAGGAUUCAGAUGAGGAAGAAGAUGAGAAAGGGAAGAAAGAAGGAAAAGAAAAGGGCUCCAAAACCAGCAAAGUCACAUUAUCUGGGCUUCUGAAUUUCAUCGAUGGGCUGUGGUCAGCUUGUGGGGGAGAAAGAGUCAUAGUGUUCACAACUAAUCAUGUAGAGAAACUGGACCAAGCUUUGAUUCGGAAAGGACGGAUGGACAAGCAUAUAGAGCUAUCCUACUGUAGCUAUGAAGCAUUCAAAGUUCUGGCUAAGAAUUAUCUGAAUGUGGACUCACAUCCUAGGUUCUCAAAGAUUAGUGAGUUGUUGGGGGAAGUCAAUAUGACCCCAGCUGAUGUUGCUGAGCAUCUAACCAUCAAAACCAUUAUGAAAGAUGCUGGAAUUCGCUUGGAGGGUUUGAUUUCAGCACUAGAGAGAAGAAAAGAAGCAAGGUUGGCAGCUAUUGAAGACAAAAGAGAGAAGAAAUUAGCAGCCAGAGGAGCCAAAUCAUCAAGGAAGAGAAAUGAUCGGCUAAGGAAGUAUUUGAAUGAUCAGUAGUUGCUUCUGCAAAGCUUGACUUCUGUGCUUUUCUCGCAGCUUUUUUUUUUUUUUUUUCCAAUUUUUUUCUUUAUCAUUAGCUUCUUCUGGAUAAUUUUU